CAGGCACGAAAUCUCAUCCGGUGCGUAUCGAAUAUCUGCUUAUUUAUUCGCCAAGAUUAUUUCCGAAGUGCUACCAGUAAAGGCGAUCCCCGCUCUACUCUUUUUGCCCAUCACAUAUUUAAUGGCAGGACUACGGUUCACCACACGCGCGUUCCUGUUUUGGGAGCUGACGUUGAGUUUACUGACCAUCACGGCCUCCGGCGCGGCAUUCUCUGUCAGCACAAUGGUGACCGACUUUCGUGUUGGUGCCACUCUCUUGUCUAUGUUUUUUGUUCUCAUGAUGAUCACAAGUGGCUUCCUGAUCAAUGUGACUUCUCUUUGGUCUUGGCUCAAUUGGCUACGAUACUUGUCCAUUAUGCGGUUCGCAAUCAGUGCCCUGCUGAUCAAUGAGUUGGUUGGUACGCAGUUUUGUCCAACUGCAUUGGUCACCGUCAACACAUCCCGCGCUGUGCAGGCAAUCUCCAACCGCACUAUGACAGCAUUCGACUCUGCUCCAUUCUCUAGUCGAACUGGCACUAGCUGGAACCAUUCACACAUAUCAUGCAUUUCUGGAGAAUGGUAUCUGAAGACCCAGGCCAUCGAGUACACUUCCGAGUGGGCAGUUUGGCAGAACGAACUAGGCAUAUUUGUCAUCUUCAUCCUUACCGUUGGUAACUCGUACCUGUACUUGCGAUUGAUGAAAAAGUACAAAUGACAACCUAACUUUUUAUAUUUAUAUCAUGGCACAGCUUUCCUCUUUAUUUUUGACCUGUCAGAAGUUCUGCUUCACGUUGUCUGAAGUAGAAAAGUAUUAGGAAUUCUGUGAAACAAUUCUCCUAGAAAUAGUAAUUUUUAUCUGUUUGCUUUACAUAUUUUGUCUAACUUUAUAUGGCUUUUGCGCAAUGUACCCAUUCUGCCCUCAAGAGCAGGAUCACCAAAGACAUUUUGUAAAA